ACAGGCGGUCAGGGACGUAAGGCAUGGUAUAUGGGUUAUGAACGUCAUCCAUCCAUGCGCGUCCUCUUGGUGUAUAGCUGACUCGUCUGUGAAUGUGACACAACGUAGAUAGCACUUAGUGAUGUUUGUGGGCGAAUGCAUGCAGACACUCCACAGUGUCGUAGCGCAAACCCUGUGAAGGUAGUAUGCGCUAGUUGCCAUAUCGUGCAUUUACACGGUAUCUAACAUUUACCGGUACCAGUACUGACGCUGAUCCAGGAUGUGGCGAGAGGCAGGGGCAGUGAUUCUGGUAGCCUACCUGGCCCAGUAUCUCUACAGGUCAGGCUUUUGGCUGCCCUCUGUCACCACUGAGCUUAUGAAACAAUACGACUAUAUUGUAGUUGGCGGUGGCUCAGCGGGUGCUGUGAUUGCCAGUCGACUCUCGGAGAACCCGAAUGUGACAGUGUUACUGCUGGAAGCAGGGGAGGAGGAGACUAAAGAACAGAAGAUUGACAUUCCCUUGGCAGUGGCUGAGCUCCAGAUGUCCCCCUAUGACUGGCAGUACCAAACUGAAACUCAGGGAAAGUCCUGUCUGGGCAUGAAAAAUGAGAAAUGCCGAUGGCCGAGGGGUAAAGUGUUGGGAGGAACAAGCAACCUUAACUACAUGGUGUACAUACGAGGUAGUCGCCAUGACUAUGAUGAAUGGGCAGCCAAUGGGUGUGCAGGAUGGAGUUACAAAGAUGUACUGCCCUACUUUCUCAAGUCUGAGGGAAAUCAGAAUGAGGAGUAUGUCAAGUCAGGCUUCCAUUGUGACAGUGGCCCGUUGGUAGUGAGUGAUGUCAAGAGUACAGAUCUAGUGGAUGUGUUUUUGGAUGCUGGCAGAGAGCUGAAGGAAAAGGUUCUGGACGUCAAUGGAGAAGAACAGUUAGGGUUUGGUUCUCUCCAGGCCACUAUUAAGAAGGGGAAGAGAUGGAGCACAGCCAAGGCCUUCCUCAGGCCUGUACUGGACAGAAUGAACAUCCAUGUGGGUGUCAACUCCAUGGCAACCAGAGUUUUAUUUGAAGGAACAAAAGCUGUUGCUGUGGAAUUCUUGAGAAAUGGUAAAAAAUAUGUUGUCAAGGCAACAAAGGAGAUCAUUUUAUCAGCUGGAGCCAUUGGGUCGCCCAAGUUACUGCUUUUGUCAGGAAUCGGUCCAAAGCAUGAUCUGGACAAAUUAAAUAUACCAGUAGUUGCUGAUUUGCCUGUAGGGGAGAAUUUACAAGAUCAUAUUGCUAUGGUUGUCAGAGCUAAUAUCGACAAGCCUUACACAAUAACUCGGUCGGGGGUCUCAUCAUGGUGGACUCUACUGGAGUACUUUAUCUUUGGAACAGGCUAUCUGGCAAGCUCUGGAGGGGUGGAGGCUGUAGCUUUCACCAGGACCCGCUAUCAGCCCAAGGACAAGCUCUACCCAGAUAUACAGGUUCAUCUACAUUCAGUCUCUUUACAGAUAGAUCCCAAGCGUGCAGAAAUAUUUCAGAAUUACAAAGAAGAGACGACAGCCAGUUUUGAUCCUGAAGUGAAUGAAAAUGGGUUCAACCUCCUGCCAAUACUGUUACAUCCCAAGAGCCAAGGCACAGUGAAGCUGAAAAGUGCUGAUCCGCACGAAGACCCCCUGAUAGACCCCAAUUAUCUGGAUCAUCCUGAUGAUGUCAGGGUCAUGAUGGAGGGUAUGCGUUACUGUCAGAGAGUUCUUGACACGGAAGCAUUUCGAAAACACGGAACUGUUCACAGAAACAAAACAUUCAAAGCCUGCUCUCACCAUGGUAAUGACACAGAUGCAUUCUGGGAAUGUUACCUGCGCCAUAUAACUGCAACAAUAUAUCAUCCAUGCUGUACGUGUAAGAUGGGAGCUGUGAAUGACCCCAGUGCUGUGGUAGACCCACAACUCAGAGUGAAGGGUGUUCAAAAUUUAAGAGUGGCAGAUGCUUCCAUUAUGCCCAAUGAUGUGUCUGGGAACACCAACGCACCAUCCAUAAUGAUAGGAGAGAAAGCCGCUGAUCUGAUUUUGGGAAUUAACACAGUCCAGAACAUCAAACUGCCGAAGUUGUGAGAGUGUGAAUGUAGAUUUAAGAUUAUAAGCACAUUGUGUCUCAACUGUAAACCGGUGUAUUUGCACGUGAUGUGUAGGUUUUAGUGCAUUUUUACUGCAUGAUGAACUUGAAACUAUUUAUAGGAUCAUGGGAUACAGAAACUCUACGUCGUCUUCAUUUG